AUAAGACGCUGGACAGUGAUCUUGGAGCUAACACUGAGCAGGUUUCGGUGCAUGUGGACACUGUCAUUAACGCUGGAGCCAGCCCAGAAAAUAGAAUCACAUUUUUAUGGAAGUGUACAUGAGUAACACACAAUGCUUUGCAUGAUUCUAAUGAAGCUGUCUAUUUAUCUCCUUGCAUUCAGUUUAGUGAAAUGCACAGAGCAGAAGAACGGCCUCAUUAAUCUCACCAUAAGUAUACAUGGGAAACAAAAUGGAACAAAGUUGCAAGCAAUCUGGAACGGCUCUAGCAUAGAGGUGUUUGACAAUGUGUUAAGGAAUGACCCCCCAGUGUGCACCUAUGGAGAUUAUAGCUGCUAUAUAAAUUGCACUCAGUUACAUAAUAAAACUUUUAUUUAUAAUAUUACAGACAUGGAAACCUCAUUUGAAUUUUCAGGAUUCAGUUUGAAAUUCAACUUGUCUCUUGCAUCCUUGUCUUGUAGCGUGUUUGCCUCCUCUUCAUGUGAGAUAACAUUAUGCGAGUGUAACCACAUUGACAACAAGCUUGAAAAUCUGGAGAACGAAUCAGGAGAUCCAGCGACUAGAUUAUGGGAACUGACAAGCAUAGAAAAAGAAUGCCCAGGACAGUUAGAACACUGUCAAUUGAUGUACAAAUAUACCCAACUGCAAACCUCUAAUUUACAGCAUUUAUCUGAUGAAAAAUUUGAAGGCACCAGAAAAGACUACAACUUUAAUGAUAUAAUAAUAUUGUCUGUGAAUAAAAUAAAUGUUUCUGAAGAAGGGGAAAUGGAAAUUCCUGUGCCAAUGUUUUCCUCUGAGGAGCAGAGGAACUUCACACCAAAAAUAACCCUGCCGACCGAAGCAAUACUCAAGGGCCAGCAGAUGGAUGAUGGGUACAGAAGGGUCACUGUCAUACUUUACAAUUCAUCCACCCAGUUUGAGACUCAAGAGAACAUGACGGUUGUAAGUCUGGUGAUUAAUAUUGCAGUCAUUCAGCCCCAGAGCAGCAUCUCAAACUUGACAACUCCAGUUAAAAUGUAUUUCCCACUCUAUAAUAUUUCAAAGAACCAUAAAACAGAGUGCUUGUUUUAUGAUGAAACAACAGCGGAUAGUCCACAGUGGAGUGACAAGGGAUGCCAAAAGACCAGUGAAACAGAAGCAAUAACAGUCUGUAGCUGCAACCACAUGACUGCCUUUGCUGUGCUCAUGGUGCCAAUAAAUGGCAUAGAUUUGAAGAACUGGGAAAUACUGUCAGUUAUUUCAUACAUUGGCAGUGGACUCUCUGCAGCUUUUACAGCAAUCUCUGUGCUCAUGUACUUUAUAAUCAGGAACCACAAGCAGGAUCAUUCGACCACAAUCCACGUGUGCCUGAGCGCUGCCCUCUACCUGCUCAACAUGAGCUUCCUGCUCAACGAGUGGCUGGCCAACAUGAACCAAGACGUUUUCUGCAAAGCCAUUGCCAUCCUCAUGCAUUACUUCCUCCUCUGCUGCUUCAGCUGGAUGGCCGUCGAGGCCAUUCAUCUGUACCUCCUCAUGAUCAAGGUCUUUAACACCUACAUCCGCCACUACAUCGCCAAGUUAUCACUCUUGGGCUGGGGAAUACCAUUCAUAAUUAUUGGGAUAAGCGUUUGUGUCAGAAACGACUUCUACGGGUCUAUCAGAGUGACAGUCCACAACUCAACCAACCCAGACAGUAAAAUAUGCUGGAUAACCAACCACACCUUUUUCUAUGCUUUAAAUCUCUGCUAUUUUGCAAUCAUAUUUCUGUUCAACACGGGCAUACUCAUCACGGUGGCAGCAAAGAUCGCUCAGCUGCGGAGGUUUGGAAGCCCACUCCCGAACAGAAGAGCCGCCUGGAAAGACGUCUUCACCGUGUUUGGGAUGUUCUGCUUGUUGGGGACAACCUGGGGGCUGGCUUUCCUUGGAUUUGGGAUUUUCACCAUUCCCGUCCUAUACCUCUUCAGCAUCUUCAACUCCCUGCAGGGAUUAUUCAUAUUUAUGUGGAUCUACGCAUCAAGAAGAUCAAAGAAGCUGAAUAACCAUGAGACAACCAAGACAACCAAUACAGGCAGGGAACCAAGUGCUCUCUUAAAUCAGGAGACAUGCAUUUACCCAGGAGUCAAACUCAACCCCUGCCAAUAACCGAGCCGUGUUGUGCUGUAUUUCUGUGUAGAAAACUCUAUCAGUGUGCUUAGCAAAUUGACAGCACAGUAAUGUAUCAUAGAAACAUAAAAUAAAGAAGCUUAUGGAUUACUUCAUUUAAUAUUUCUGAGUUUGUGUUUAAUAAGCAAUAUUCUCUUUAACCUUCAGG